UUUUUAAGAGUUCACAGUUAAAUAGAAGUGCCAAUGUGAGUUAUUAUUUAUUAGUAUUGUAUUAUUCAAUAUAUUGUUUGUCUCAAUCUCAUUUUAUUUCCAUAUUUUGUGCAGAAAUUGUCCUGAUAAAGGACCUGCAGCAAUGUCAGAAAGGAAGCCCAAAAACUCGGACACGCGCCCCAAGAAUCUUCGGAGCUGGAGUGCCGAUAGUUACAUCCGCAGCAUCAAAAAACGCUCAAGAGGGUCACGCCACGAGACAGCGCCCAAAGGGGAAGAAGGGGAGGGAAUGGAGGAUCAGAGCAUGCGCUCGGCCUCUUGUCCCCGGAGACGCAGGGAAAGAAAGUGCAGUUGCACGAUCCCGGGAGAACCCGAAUCGGACACACCUUGCAGAAAAGCUAUGACUCGUCGAUCCCUGAGACAGAAGUUUCAGGACGCUGUCGGCCAGUGUCUUCCUCUUCGCAGUCAUCACCACCACCACCAUCAUCAUCAUCACCAGUCUGGUUCAUCACGUCCGUUCUCUGUCCUUCUUUGGUCCAAACGAAAGAUUCACGUUUCUGAGCUCAUGGAGGACAAGUGUCCCUUCUCCCCAAAGUCCGAAAUAGCUCAAUGUUGGCAUCUGAUCAAGAAACACGGCACUCACAUCAAACCUCCUUUAAGCAUCUCAGCAGAACCCAAAGGGCCCCGUACGACUUCCUCUCCUCCACCACUUAUUUCCUGGGAGGAGAUCAGUUCCAACGGAGCUUCUAGCUUGGAUGACUGGGAUCCAUCUUUUUUACACAGGGACAGCCAGUGUUGUUCCCACACUGAUUAUAUCUUGGUACCUGAUCUUCUUCAGAUCAACAACAGCCCUUGUUACUGGGGCGUCCUGGACCGUUUUGAAGCCGAGCAGCUUUUGGAGGGGCAACCCGAGGGGACCUUUCUGCUCCGAGACUCUGCCCAGGAUGAAUACCUCUUCUCGGUUAGCUUCAGGCGCUACAGUCGCUCCCUCCAUGCUCGAAUAGAGCAAAACGGGAAGCGUUUUAGUUUUGAUGGCCGUGACCCAUGCAUGUACAGAGACUCGAGUGUCACCGGCCUGCUCAAGCAUUAUAGCGACCCUUCCGCCUGUCUGUUUUUUGAGCCGCUUCUUUCUCGCCCACUACCUAGGAACUUUCCUUUUUCUCUACAGCACAUGUGCAGAGCGGUUAUCUGUAGUCGUACAACAUAUCAGGGCAUCGAUGUCCUGCCAUUACCCCAAAGUUUGAGAGAAUAUGUUAGGCAGUAUCACUAUAGAUGUAAUGGUGCCUGUGCUAUUUAA